AUGGUUGCCGCCCCGUCCACCUUCCGAUCGGGAGGAUGGCCGGCCGCGCUCCUGCUGCUGCUGCUGGCGGCCGCUGCCACUCUGGCCGGCUGCUGGUGGAUCGCGGUCUCGAAGGCGGUGCCCGCGGUGGCGCGGGCGGCGGUGGUGGUUGCGCCAACAGCGUCGGGAAGUCGCGACGCCGUGUUCCAACCACCUCCGAUGCUGUUCGACGACGAGCCAAGUCCGCAGGAGAUCUGGUCGGCGGUGGCGACAUCCAUCGCGCAAUGGCAGCGUGCGCACAGCGGACGCCACCGCAGAAGCGCCGACGUGGCUACAGCAGAAAGGGGCGUCUGCUACGGAUCCCUCGGCUGCUACAGGGAGGACACCGUCUCAGGUCAGCCCAAUGCCUUGCCUGAGGAACCCGGCAGCAUCGGAACACGUUUCUACCUGAGUUCGCGCCGCAGUCGCGAACCGCGUCUUUUGGGCGACUCGGCCUUCAACGCCUCUAAGCCAGUCAAGCUCAUCAUCCACGGCUUCGGCAGCAGUGGCAAGCGCUCCUGGGUACGACGCAUGGUGGACGCGUUGCUCGUCGCUGGCGACGUGAAUGUGGUGGUGGUGGAUUGGGAGAAAGGCGCCACGCUGCCUAACUACGUCCAGGCUGCCGCAAACUCACGCCUUGUGGGACGCCAGGUGGCGCAAGCGGUGCGGCGGCUCUUCCGCCUCGGUGCACAGCCGCGCGACUUUCAUCUGGUCGGAUUCUCCUUGGGCGCCCACGUAGCUGGCUUCGCGGGCGCCGAGCUCAGGAACCUUUCGCGAAUCACCGGGCUGGACCCGGCAGCGCCCUUGUUCGAAGGAUACGAUCAUACGUCGCGGCUGGAUCCCACAGACGCGACAUUGGUGGACGUGAUCCACUCCAAUGGCGACAGCUUCCUGCGAGGCGGCCUGGGUGCCUUCGAGCCGCUAGGACACGUCGACUAUUAUCCAAAUGGCGGCAAGGCGCAACUGGGAUGCAACAGCGUCUUUGUCGGCGCCCUUAGCGACAUCUUCUGGGGCCACUGGCAGAGCCUGUGCCACCACCGCCGCGCACUUCAGCUCUUCACCGAGUCGGCAAACCCGCAGUGUCCGUUUCCAGCAUUUUCAUGCGCCACCUACGAACACUUUCUGCGCGGAGAAUGCUUUCCGUGCGAGCGGCCAACGGACUGCAGCUACAUGGGAUACUUUGCGGACCGGUCACGAGCGCGCGGAAGGAUGUUCCUGAUGACUCGCCAGGAGCCGCCCUUCUGUGCAAGUCAAUACAAGCUGGUUGUCAACAGCUCGGCCGGCCAAGAGCCAUCGUAUGGCAAAAUUGAGGUGGAACUGUUCGCUGAGUCGGGCGCCAACGAAACGUUCAGCGUAACAACAGAUUCACAAGAGCUGAAAGGUGGCCAAGCUGAGAAAGUGCUCGUCGCCGCGCACCCUGCUGUCGUCAACAUCACCAGAAUAGUCAUUAAGUACACCAAAUAUCGAGGAUGGAUUUACGGAGGGAAGGACUCCUGGUUCAUCGACAAAGUAUCCGUCCUCGACAGCUUCGGCUACACAGUCUCGUACUGCGGACUGCGGACACGACUUACCGACAGCAUUCCACUGAAGCUCCGAGUGCGAGCCGAAGACUGCCAGCCACCGCCGCCACAGCGUGUCGCCCGACUGGUGUGGCAGGUGCUGAGCGAUCCCGUCGUCGGCAGCCAGCCCAGGCCUCCCCGACUUGUAUGGACGCUGAGGCUAGAAGACGCGGACAUCGCAUCCGCGGUGGUCGCUGCUGCGCCCCUCGAACCUCGCCCACCAGCGCCACUUGCGCCGACCAGAAGCCGAUAGACUACAGCAACGAGCCAGAUUUCAAAGUGUCGCUUGUCUAUGGAGGCAAACUGGAGACUAAC